GGAAAAGCGGAAUCAUAAAAUGAAAACAGAAUAAAACAAUCAUAUUAAGAUAUUAAGAUAUUAAGAGAGACGGUACGGAAGUAUUGAUGGAGUUGGGAGUUGGAAGAAUAUUCGUAUCCAAAAUAACGGAAGGAGCUUCGGCUAUACGUAAACACAGAACAGCAAUAACAACAACAACAACAACCACCACCUCCAAAGCCCAGCUGAGGAGGCAGAUUCCGAUCGAACACUCGGCUCCAAUGGCUGUAGUCUCGCUCAAGGCCUCACCUCCAAAUCCAUCAUGGUUCACGCCCAAAAGGUUGCUCUUGAUCUUCUGUGUGAUUAACUUAUUGAAUUAUGUGGAUCGGGGAGCAAUAGCUAGCAAUGGUGUAAAUGGUAGCCUUGGGACUUGCACAGAGAGUGGAAUUUGUACUUCCGGUAGCGGAAUCCAGGGAGAUUUUAACUUGAACAAUUUUCAAGAUGGUGUUCUAUCUUCUGCAUUUAUGGUUGGACUUCUUGUGGCUUCACCAAUAUUUGCAUCAUUGGCGAAGAGCCACAAUCCUUUUAGACUUAUUGGGGUUGGAUUAUCUGUUUGGACAUUUGCUACAGCUGGAUGUGGUAUCUCAUUCAAUUUUUGGUCUAUUACAUUUUGUCGCAUGCUGGUUGGCGUUGGUGAGGCAUCUUUCAUAAGUCUUGCAGCUCCAUUUAUCGAUGACAAUGCUCCUGUUGAACAGAAAACUGCAUGGCUUGCAAUGUUUUACAUGUGCAUACCUUCUGGAGUUGCAUUGGGCUAUGUUUAUGGUGGACUGGUUGGAAAUUAUUUGAAUUGGAGGUAUGCAUUCUGGGGAGAGGCAUUUUGUAUGCUUCCAUUUGCUAUCUUGGGAUUUGUGAUGAAACCUUUGCAGUUGAAAGGUUUAACUUCUGGCGAUUCAGAUAAAGCAUUGACAGUCAUUGAAACAGCUGGUCCUAUGGUGGAAGAGGUAUCAAACAUAGAUGAUCAUGUUCUUGUUGCUUCAGACAAGGGCUCCAGGCCGAGUUCUGUAUCCAAAUUGUCGAACCUGUUCACAAGAUUUUCAAAAGACAUGAAAGUGCUCUUGGUUGAUAAAGUUUAUGCUGUCAACGUUUUAGGUUAUGUAUCAUACAACUUUGUUAUUGGUGCCUACUCAUAUUGGGGACCAAAGGCUGGUUAUAAUAUUUAUCAUAUGAAUAAUGCGGAUUUGUUGUUUGGAGGGAUUACAGUUGUUUGUGGAAUUUUGGGGACAUUGUCAGGAGGAUUCAUCCUUGAUAGCAUGACGGCAACAAUUUCUAACGCAUUUAAGCUUCUUUCUGGAGCGACUUUUCUAGGUGCAAUAUUUUGCUUCAGUUCCUUCUGUUUCAAGAGCUUGUAUGGUUUUAUAGCUCUUUUCUCAGUGGGUGAGAUACUAGUUUUUGCAACACAGGCUCCUGUUAAUUAUGUGUGUCUCCAUUGUGUUAAACCAAGUCUGAGGCCACUAUCUAUGGCUAUCUCUACUGUUUCAAUUCACAUAUUUGGUGAUGUUCCUUCCUCCCCUCUUGUUGGGCUCAUCCAGGAUAAUAUUAACAACUGGAGGGUGACAUCCCUAAUUCUGACAGCUGUUCUGUUUGUUGCUGCUGGAAUAUGGUUCAUAGGUAUCUUCCUAAACAGUGUGGAUAGGUUUAAUGAAGAUUUUGAAAAUCAAGUCGCUGCAAAUACGAGAGGCAGCCUAGAGCCUUUGCUCGAAGAGAACAGAAAUGCUGGUCCAGUUGACUCUGGAGAAUCAUAAGUUCCCCAUGAUAUGUUUUAAUUCCAGCAUGACUUCAUUGCAUUUAGAAUAUGCUUUCAAAUAUCUUACAUGGAAGCAAAGCAUAAAUAAUCUGUUUGCAUGUUCUUUGACUGAUCUUUAAAGGUGGAAAAUACAUGUACAUGGGCUUUCUUUAGCUUCUCAGGACAACCGCCUUGAUAUGCAAGAAUUGGACAGCAAUUUGAUCUCAUUUAAGCAGCUUCCUUUGUAAAUAAGUUAUUUAAAGCCUAGAAUUUCUCAAGCGAUUUAACGAUAAAAAGUCCUCCUAAAUCUCUAGCUAGAUUCUUCUGGUUACACAUCAUUCUUUUCAAGUGUAACCCUUUGUAAAAGAACUAUUUUGGGAAGGGAAGGGCCGCUUAAAUUUGCUCAAAUUGCUGACUUUUACUGGCAGCUUUGUCAGAUUUGCUUGCAAGGAAAUCAUGCAAUAGCGAACAUAUUUCCACCUUAUAAUCAAUCAAAGAACAAGCUGCAAUAUUUCCCCCACGACGAGCUGCAUAGCUACCAUGCUUUACCCGCUGGUCCUUGUUCUUCAUAGGUAACAAUUGUAUGUGUGUUAAUGUUAACAUUAGUUUUUUCUGCAGUGUACAGUAAUCAAAGAUCAUGUAAAUAUGUAAUGUUAUCUUGAAUCUUAUUAUAAAAUUGCACAGAAAUUCUCACAUAA